GAUGCUCUUAGGACUCGUUAUCCUUGGCAACUCCGCUGUGGCUUCGAGGGAAUUUUCUGGUCCCCAAAAGCGGUCUCUCCUAUUCCCCAAUGCCGCCAAUCCCGCGCAACUUCUCUUGAUCUUCGGCCUGGGCACGCCGCUGCAGUUGGAGCGCGAGAGCGUGAUCCUGGGCUCGUUCGCAAAGGCGAUCUACAACCUGCCGACCAACGCGAGCCAGCUGGACCACCAGCGAGACUCCAAGCCGGCGAGCCGCUGGAGCCUCUACCGGCACCUGGGCCACCUGGCCGAGCUGUACAACCUCGGGGGCCGAUCUUGCGUGUUGCGGGCCAUCUGCGAGGCUGCCGCCGGGCCCUUCGAGCCCGCCCACGGACUCCUCCAGCAGCUCCUGCAGCUCUUUUUCUCGCCCUCGAGUAGCGAGCCGGAGCCGUACGAGGAGCAGCAGGACCGGGAGUACGAGGUUGCCGAGCGGAUGGGCGCCCGGGGAUCGCCGGACGUCUGCCGGGACAAUUUCCAGCGCGACUGCCCGGUUAGCCUCCUCGACGCCUUCACCGCGCCCGAGCAGACGCUCUGACGUUAAUU